UUCGUCAAAUGAAAUCUGGUCACACUGUAUAUUUGUUUGUAUUUAAGAAAUCAAAAUUUGUACCUACAUACCUACACCUACUGUAGUUAAUAGUUAUUGGAGGAAUUAAUGUAUUGAUGUCUUUAACUCCAAUGUAGAACGGUCUAUAGUACAUGAUUAUAUAAAUAAAACACGAACACUAAUAUACCUACCACAUGACCUCUAUCUAGUUAAUACAAUCGAACAAUAUAUUCGUAAAGAAACAGAGUACAUACUACUAAUUUAAAGCUAUUUAUUUAUAUUGUUAAUAAUGAAUAAUUCCGCUGCUAAGGUUGGCGAAAUUUUCACUGAAGCUGGCGCCGCUUUUAACAAAUUGGCAGAAAUGAUAAUGCUUCUUCAUCCAAUAGCUGAAACUACACCAAGUGUGCAGGCGAAAACCCCAGUAAAGCGAAAGGCUACAGAUGAAAAAUAUGCACCAAGCACAUCGGGUCAACACACCGUCCACACAUCUAUUUCACAACAAGUUACUCUCAAUAUGCUGAAUGCUCCUGAACCAGAAAUGGAAGUUGAAAGCCUGGGUGGUGAUGUCAAGUUAGAGUUUGAGCCGAGCACAGAGGAAAUUGUCACUUAAAGAGGCAAAUUUGAGUAAUUUAGUGAAGGUAAUGAUGUCAUUGAUACCUAUGUAAAUAUUUUUUCUAAGUUUGUAAAUUAAGUUAGACUAAGUAAGAUUUUAUUAAAAAAUUAUAUCAA